AAGAAGGUCCGUUGGAUCUCACACUCACUGCGUCACUCAAAGCAUUGCAUUUGCAUAUAUAAACCUCUCUGCAGCUCUCUCAGUUGCUAUAUCCCUCUAAUUUCCAGCCUCGAUUUUAUCUCAUCUGAAUUGCCUUUCAAUUUCAGAUACAAGGUUAAAAAAUGAGGGAGAUCCUUCAUGUUCAGGGUGGACAGUGUGGAAACCAGAUAGGUUCCAAAUUCUGGGAGGUGGUGUGCGAUGAGCACGGCAUAGAUCCCACUGGAAGGUACAUUGGAAACUUAGAUCUACAGCUGGAACGUGUCAAUGUGUACUAUAACGAAGCAUCAUGUGGGCGCUUUGUUCCUCGUGCGGUGCUUAUGGAUUUGGAACCUGGAACAAUGGACAGUGUUCGCAGUGGCCCGUACGGUCAGAUCUUCCGCCCUGAUAACUUUGUUUUUGGACAGUCUGGUGCUGGAAACAAUUGGGCCAAGGGGCACUACACUGAGGGAGCCGAGCUUAUCGAUUCUGUUCUUGAUGUUGUGAGAAAGGAAGCUGAAAACUGUGACUGUCUUCAAGGUUUUCAAGUUUGCCAUUCUUUGGGCGGAGGAACUGGUUCUGGGAUGGGUACUUUGCUAAUCUCAAAAAUUCGGGAGGAGUACCCUGACAGGAUGAUGCUCACAUUCUCUGUGUUUCCUUCACCUAAGGUCUCUGAUACUGUGGUUGAGCCAUACAAUGCUACUCUUUCUGUUCAUCAGCUUGUUGAAAAUGCAGAUGAGUGUAUGGUGCUAGAUAAUGAAGCUCUUUAUGAUAUAUGCUUCCGGACUCUCAAGCUUACUACUCCUAGCUUUGGUGACUUGAAUCACUUGAUCUCUGCAACCAUGAGUGGAGUCACUUGCUGCCUCCGCUUCCCCGGUCAACUAAACUCUGACCUCCGAAAACUUGCUGUUAACUUGAUCCCCUUCCCUCGUCUCCACUUCUUCAUGGUUGGCUUUGCUCCUCUGACAUCGCGUGGGUCUCAGCAGUACCGAGCCCUUACAGUCCCAGAGCUGACCCAACAAAUGUGGGAUGCCAAGAACAUGAUGUGUGCUGCUGACCCAAGGCAUGGUAGGUACCUUACGGCUUCUGCCAUGUUCAGGGGCAAGAUGAGCACCAAGGAAGUUGAUGAACAAAUGAUUAAUGUUCAGAACAAGAAUUCUUCCUACUUUGUGGAGUGGAUUCCAAACAAUGUGAAAUCAAGUGUCUGUGACAUUCCACCUAGAGGGCUAACCAUGGCAUCCACCUUCAUUGGAAAUUCAACCUCCAUCCAAGAAAUGUUUAGGCGAGUGAGUGAGCAAUUUACUGCAAUGUUCAGGAGAAAGGCCUUCUUGCACUGGUAUACUGGUGAAGGAAUGGAUGAAAUGGAAUUUACUGAAGCUGAGAGCAAUAUGAAUGAUCUUGUAUCCGAGUAUCAGCAGUACCAGGAUGCGACUGCUGAUGAGGAAGGUGAGUAUGAGGAUGAGGAAGGGGAUAGAGCAGAUAUUAUAUAACUGAGGUUGACAAGUGAUGAAAAGAAUGUUUCUGGCUGCUGCAUUAUGGUUGUGGAUGCAUGAAGUAUUUUGUACAACUCCGAUUUGUCAUUUGUGGAUGAGAAAUCUUGUUACUUUGUAAUCUCACUCGGUAGAAAUGUUUGCCAGUAGCUGUGCCUUACCUGUAUUAUCGACAUCUGUUUCGUAUUUUUGUCUUUUCCUCCCCUAUUCUGUUGGAAAAUCAUGUCUACUAUUUCUAUUUCAGUUGAUAUCGUUAUUAAUGCAUUUAUAUGGCUUUAUACCCCAA